UGUAGAUGGAUGGUUCAAACAGUAAUUUGUAUGCCGUGCCACGUCUGUAUGCAUCCAGCCUCCAUCCAUCAUACACCCAGCGAGCGAAAAAGGUCCCAUGAUGCACACACCCACAGGCAGCAUAGAUAGCAUCGAAACCAACAGUCCUCCGUCCACCCGCACAGAGCAAGUGCCGGGUGCGUUGACAACCUCGGUCACAAGGCAGUGCCCCUUUCCAAGUUCUGCUUGAGCUCGCGUGAGUACUCGCCUGAAACAGAAGAAGAGCCGCUUCUUGCUUCCGUGCGUCAUGGAACAUGGCAGUCCUGACUGACCGAAGUGUCUUUCGAGUUUCUUGUUGUAGAUCUUGUUUCUCUUGUUGAUGUACGACACAUCCUCGUCCUCCACGUUGGUGCGAUGCCGAGAAAACCCUUUCCUGAUCACACACACAUACACACGAGGGAGGACAGACACCAGUGAGUGCGCCUCCUCAGACCGAUGCCCUCUCUUCGCGCCCGUCCGUAUACGGGAAGUCCACCGUGGCCGCCCGACCGUCGGUACCAGCCUACCUUUUCUUCUCCUGCUGUUCGAGUGCCUGGACGAGUUUCUGCUUGGACUGCUCGGAGGCCGUGAACUGGUUGCUGACCAGACCCGACGAUCCGACGUAAAAACUGUCACCCAGCUCGGUGCGCUGCUUGUCGUAAUCCUCACUCUGGAACGCCAUGUCACCCACCCUGCCCCAAUGCAGCCAACACCCACAUACACACACACACACACACUUGGUCUGUCUAUCUGUCCGCCCACUGUGUGUGAGUGCGUCCUUUUGACCUUUUUUUGUGAGCCCGGUAGGAUGCGUCUUGGUUGAAGACAUUCCACCCGAAUGUGUCGUUCUUCUUCCUCUUCUUCUCCUCGCGCUGGUCAACAGCCGCCGCAGUCUCCUGUCAAGGAAGGAGCACAUAGUACAUAGCAUACCCACAACAGACGCGACGAAUGAAUGUAUCUCUCCACGUGUGUACGUAUGGAAGUGUACACAAAGCGGGGAACCCGAGCCUGGCUGGCUGCAUGCACCUCUAGGCAGGUAGGUAGGUAAUCGGCCGGGUGUGUGUGGUUGCUUGCUUACCAUGAGAUACUCCUUGCCCUUGCGUGGCAUGUUGAUUGGCCCCAAUUCAUCCCCAUCCGCUCCCUCGUGUCGCUGCCCGUCGGCCUCCCGACCCUGCCCCUGGCCCUCCCUGCCGGCAUCACCCUUGCCAGAGGAAAACUGACGCUUCUUCUCGUCCAAGACCUGAUCGACCCCACACACAAGCAUACGGUCAGUAAGUAUCGCACACAGCCAGAUAUGGAAGCCAGGGAGGGAGGGGGGUGAGAGAAAUGCACGGCUUACUCACUUCUCGGUUGUUGAGUUUCCUGCUCUGGUUCAUCUUCAUCUUGAGCUCAAAAAGGCGCCUGCUGCGCUCGUCGUUGAAGGGCUGCUCGCUGGGCUGUGCACCCGGCAUGCCGCCCCCGGACAUGUCCGCGUCAUCCUCAUCCUCAUGCUCGUCGGCGUCCUCAUCGAUGGACGGCAGCACAGCCCCACCGCUGCCCUGGUCAGAGGCGGCCAUUAACUGCGAGGCGGCUGCCUUGCCUUGAGCCAGGAGCCGCUCAGCCUGCUCCGACGCCCGCAGGUUCAUCUCGCGACGGAAUUGCAUGAGGGGGUCGGUCAUGGCCAGCUUGGUGUGAGAGGUAGUGCCGGCACUGCCGAACUCACUAUCGCCAUCCAACUCGCCGCAAUUCACUACCACAACUGCACACACAAGAAGGGACACACAAAUGGAUAGACACACAGACAGACAGACAGACAGAGACAGAGACAGACAGACAGGUACGUACAGGUGCUGUUGUGUGCAACCACCGGAUCGGAGUGAGUACUAAUUACCUGGCACUCGAGGCCGGUCGAACUUGUCCGUCGGCACCUUGGCGAUGGCACGCACCACCUCCAUCCCGCUGGUGACCUGCCCAAAUGCCACAUGCUUCCCUGCAAGCAACAACACGCACAUGACAACCAACGCACCACAACACAAUGCAAUACAAUACCAGGCAGGCAAGUAUGAAAUAUAAUUGAUGCGUUCGUGCGUUGCCUUGCCUUGCUCCCGCCCUGCCUGUGUUGCGUAGGUAGGUACCGUCCGUCCGUCCGUACCAUCAAGGUGCUGGGCCCUUUUGAGAGUGAUGAAGAAUUCGCUGGCGUUGGUGUUCCUGCCCUUGUUGGCCAUGCUGAGUACGCCAGCCUGCGAGUGCCGGCGGGAGAAGUUCUCGUCCCUGAAGAACCCCUCAUAGAUAGAGUCGGCCUGCUCGGGAUCCCCGCUCUUGGUCGGCAGCUGGCUGUCAGGCGUAUCGCUCUUGAUCCGCAGGUCGCCUGCCUGGAUGAUGAACCCAGGCAGCACCUUGAAGAACCGACACCCCAAAAAGUGCAGCGGCCGCUUGGUCAGCUCAGACGCACCAUACUCCCCCGUACACAGACCUCGGAAGUUCUCCGCAGUGCGGGGCGUCACGUCGGCAUACAGCUCAAACACAAUACGCUGAUCCGAUCCAACAUUCAAGCAAAACGACAUGACAUACACACAGCGCACGUGCUCUGCUCUGCUUACCCCUCCGGUGGCUGUGCCGAUACUCACAUCCAUAAAAACCUGCGUGUGUCACAAGAGAGAGGUCAGGUAUUCGUUUGUUUGUGCGCGUGUGUGCCACGUGUGGGAUCUGUCCCAGCAACCUACACGAGGAUUCCUCCCCCUGCGACGCCGCGGCUUCUUCUCCUCAGACAUCACCGCGAGAAAAGCAGGAAAACGCCAGAAGCUGGAGAAGGGGAAGGUCACGACAGAGC